GAAGCGCUCCUCGGUUCUGGGCUCCGGCACCCGGGGCCGAGUCGGGGCACUGGGGCGGGCCGCGGGGGGGGAGCGGGCCGGCCGCCCUCGGGGUGUCGGGGUGUCGGGGUCGCGGGCCUGAGGGAUGAGGAGGGGCCAUGGCCAGCGACGGGGCCAGGAAGCAGUUCUGGAAGCGCAGCACCAGCAAAGUCCCGGGCAGCAUCCAGCACGUGUAUGGAGCCCAGCACCCCCCUUUUGACCCGCUGUUACAUGGCACCUUGCUCAAGUCCACCCCCAAGGUGCCCACCACACCGGCGAAGGCCAAAAAGGUCAGCACCUUCCAGGAGUUUGAGAGCAACACGAGCGAUGCCUGGGACGCAGGGGAGGACGACGACGAGCUCCUGGCCAUGGCUGCCGAGAGCCUGAACACGGAGGUGGUCAUGGAGACGGCCCACCGCGUCCUGCGCAACCACAGCCAGCGGCGGGGCCAGCCCGCCCCCCCGGAGCGGCCGGCCCCCGAGCCGGAGCCAGAGCCGGAGCCCAAGCCUGCGGCAGAGCCGCCCGUGGCCGAGCCUCCGGCAGCCCCCGGCGGCGACCUUCGGCUGGUGAAGUCGGUCAGCGAGAGCCACACAUCCUGUCCUGCAGGAAGUGCCAGUGAUGCCGUCCCUCUGCAGAGGUCCCAGUCUCUCCCACACUCGACCACUGUGUCCCUGGGUGGGACAUCAUCUGGCCCGAGCACCCAUGGCGGCCCCACACGAAGUAACAGAGAGGCCUCCCGGCUGGACAAGUUCAAGCAGUUGCUUGCUGGCCCCAACACCGACCUGGAGGAGUUGCGGAAGCUGAGUUGGUCCGGGAUCCCCAAGCCGGUUCGUCCGAUUACAUGGAAACUCCUCUCAGGUUACCUUCCUGCCAAUGUAGACCGAAGACCAGCCACUCUCAAGAGAAAACAAAAGGAAUACUUUGCUUUCAUUGAGCACUAUUAUGAUUCCAGGAAUGAUGAAGCUCACCAGGACACAUACAGACAGAUCCACAUAGACAUCCCACGGAUGAGCCCUGAAACGUUGAUACUCCAACCCAAGGUGACGGAGAUUUUUGAAAGAAUCUUGUUCAUAUGGGCCAUCCGUCACCCCGCCAGUGGAUACGUGCAGGGGAUAAACGACCUUGUCACUCCUUUCUUUGUGGUCUUCAUUUGUGAGCACAUAGCAGAGGAGGAGGACGUGGACAGGGUCGACGUCGCCAGCGUGCCCGCGGACGUGCUGCGCAACAUCGAGGCCGACACCUACUGGUGCAUGAGCAAGCUUCUGGACGGCAUUCAGGACAACUACACCUUUGCCCAACCUGGGAUUCAACUGAAAGUGAAGAUGUUGGAGGAACUCGUGAGCCGGAUUGAUGCGGAAGUCCCAGGGCCCGGCGUGUUGGUAGAACGCGUCUGCACUUCCAGUCUGAGAAUUCCAGCCUGCAGUUCUGUGGUGGUGGGAAGCUCCCGGGGAAGGGCCCAGCAAGCCAUGGCUGUUCCCUGCUCCCCCCUCCCCCAGGGACAGUCCCUUCCUGAGCAAGUCCACGGGCACCUGGAGCAGCACGAGGUGCGCUACCUGCAGUUUGCCUUCCGCUGGAUGAACAACCUGCUGAUGCGGGAGGUGCCGCUGCGCUGUACCAUCCGUCUGUGGGACACCUACCAGUCUGAACCCGAGGGCUUUUCUCAUUUCCACUUGUACGUGUGUGCCGCUUUUCUCGUGAGGUGGAGGAGAGAAAUACUAGAAGAGAGAGAUUUUCAAGAGCUGCUGCUCUUCCUCCAGAGCCUGCCCACCGCGCACUGGAACGACGAGGACAUCAGCCUGCUGCUGGCCGAGGCCUACCGCCUCAAGUUUGCCUUCGCGGACGCCCCCAAUCACUACAAGAAGUGAGGCUGGGCCCGCAGCCUGGGCCUCGCCACCGGGGCGGCGCCCUCCCCGCCUGGCCAGAUGGGGGCCCCUCGGGGCUGCUCCUGGGCCAGGCCCGGCCCGGCGGGGCAGCCCCACCCUGCGGGCCCCGUGCUAGGACGGCCCCCGGCCCGGCCUGGGCCCCGUGGGGAUGGGCGACCUCAGUGUCCUGAGAUAACCAAAGAGAGCCAGGAAGGGCCCGGCGCGGGGGCCCCGCGAGGGGGGGGGCAGGCGUCGCCCUCACCCUGCCCCGGCGCAUCCUCGCCAAACGCUUACGUCCCGGGCCUCUGAGCAGGGCUGCCGUCGGGCGGCCCUGCGGGAGGGGCCUGCUGCCCAGCGCCGGGCGGACCGGCCGCCCUGGGCCUGCUCUGAAAUGCACAACCGUUCUGUUGAGUGGAAGAAUAACACACACACACACACACACACACACACAAUGCUGAGCCAGGCGUCACCGGGCCUCUGGCAGCCAGCGCGCCCCGGGCUGCGGCUGGCCGGGAGCAAGCAGGUGUCCGGAGGGGGCUCCGGGGAGAUGGGGGGCAAGGGCAGAGCAAGGCCUGUCACAGUUGCCUUACGUUUUACUUUAGCCACCCCCCCCCCCCCCGCCGCACUUGGUGGGCUCGGUCAGAUGACCCAUGGGGAGGGGCUCCCCGACGUGGCCACGGUAGUGGGGGUGUAGCACCCUGCAGCCCGCCCUGCGCAGAGCCACCCCCCCCCAAUGCAGCCUGCUCCCCCAGGAGAGAGCAGCCGGGGCCACCGCCCCUUUGCCCAGCAGCCGGGAGCGGACACUUGGCCUCUGUGUGGAUUGGCACACACGGUCACGCCGGGUGGAUGUGUGGCCCGCGGGCCCUGGGUCACGCCGCCCGCGUUCUCUCCCAGGUGUGUCACACGCCAUCUGGCCCGGUGACGUGGAUGCCCCGUGGGCUACUGGGCCACCCGUGAGUUGAGCUAUGAGCCACGGCCCCUGCGGCUCCUGCUCAGGUCUGUCCUCAGGUCUGUCCCUCUGGGCGCAGCCCCAGCCCCGAGCCCCGGUGUGUGGAGAGUGCGACGUGCGUGUGUGUUCUGGCUUCUGGCAAAGUAGCCGCGGGCCAUCGCGCAUGGCACGCUAGUGUCCUGUUCUUCCAGGUCAGGGAGGGGCCGGCCCGUCUUCAGUCAGCUCACCCCAGCCUGAAUGAGGGGCUCCUCAGACCAGCUCCCAGGGGGCUUCCCCCCGCCCCAGUCCUUUUUGGGGUUUGGAGGGCCCACGCCUGUGGCUCUGUGCUCGGAUGUCCCUACUUUGUCUAGCCAAGCUCGACCCUGGGAAUGCCCCCUCCGUACUUCUGACGGCUCUGCACAGCCAGAGUUUAGGGGACACUAAAGCGCACCUCUCAAGCCUGCUCAUCUUCCAAAGGGGACAGGCCCGUGGGUUUUCAUCCUGCGUGGACUCCUGCGUGCACUGCUAGGCUGGAUGCAGGGGGCGGUGACAGCCCGGUCCAGGCAGGUGGCCUGAAGGGGCCGAGGGCGCGCCUGGAGUGUGCGUGCUAGAAAUACGGAAUAAAGAUGCUUCAC